UCGGUGUCUUUGGGCGAUUGCGUGUCUUGAAGCUUUGCGGAUAUCAAAAACUAUGGAUACCAUUAGGCAAAAUAUCGAAAACAGAGAUUUCCAGAAACUAAUUGACUUAUGUGAAUCUCUUGAGUUUGAGAAUUCUGCAUUUCCGACCCCCGACUUACCGCAAUCUACAAUAUAUGCAACACUAUUAGGAGCAUACCUGGUCGUCAAUGAUUUGAAUUCGGCAAGAUUCUUGCGAAAACGUAUCCUGCAACACUAUAAAGUCGAAGCCGACGUUCCCGAAGAGUUAAAUGCUAUAUGGGGAGUUGGAGCUGCUCUUUGGAUUCGAUCAUUUGCAAAGGCUUAUUCGGUGUUGGAUACUUAUGCUUGGAGUACGGACCUACGACCAAUAAUGGCACUUCUGAGAGACACUGUACAAGAACAGGCUUAUCAAUUGAUCAGUAAAUCGUUUUCGUAUAUUAAGGUCACAUCGGCAGCUGAAAUGCUCGGCAUGCCACAAGACGUUGUAUCAGAAGCAUUAACGAAAAAGGGAUGGUUACUGGAUAAUGAAUCCCAGUUGCUCAAACCUGCCCCGAUACCCAUGGCCCCGCAGGAAAAGAUAUCACUAGACCAGUUAUCAAGAUUAGAGGAUAUAGUAGUUUAUCUCGAAUCAUCGUGAAUAUACCAGACUGACGGUUUUAUACAAAUUGUGAAAGAUAUUAUGUUAUCUAAGGAAAU